UAUCAACUAUCCCAAUCCCGGACCAUUGCUUCCCCGCUUUUCUCUGUGUGAUUGGUGGGAUCGCUGGUAAGCCGUGCCUAGACUAUAAUCCCUCGGCUUUAGCGUGCGGUUGGCAUGUUCGGCAUUGUCUAAUACAUCUGCCUUGCAAUUACAUGGAAUUGAAGACCGCAUGAAUUAAUUUCGCAUCUGUUGUCAAUUCUACUAACAAAACGAACAUUUAUAUAAUAUAUUGUUGUUGACUAUCAACUACUGAAAAGGAUGGAAAACAGUUGGCAGCCAUAUUUAAAGUCGAUGGAUGAUGUCUGGUCGAACCACACGGAUCGUGCGGAGAGAAGAAGGGCGCAGAAUAGACUAGCACAACGGGCAAAGCGAAAAAGAAAAUCCCGCGCACAAGUCGCCAAGGGCAAUUUGUCUGAUCAACAAUCAGCCGGACAACAAGAUAUACCUGGGAGCGGUGAAUACGAAGAGAUCAGUAUUGAUAACCAGCCAGAAACCCAAUCGCUAUUGCAGACACCUACCACUGCUGAGAUCCCUAGAUUGGAACAAGUCAGCAGUCAUAACCAGGAAAACUUUCUACCACCAUUCAACAGCAAUACAAGCACUCACACUCAGCCUUCAGACCCUAGCUCCGACACCCACUUCAUGAUUCUCACCUCCUGUCGAAGCCAUGAAGCUUUUUCACGAAUCCAUACGAUUCUUCAGCUUAAAUGCUCUUACGCCCUCGCUAUUCAUGUACCGCCAUUCGUCCAGCCACCGGCCUCUCUAGUACCGACGCAGGAACAACUGACUAUUCCUCAUAUGAUGGCCAUUGAUCUACUUCCUUGGAAAGAGCUACGCAGCAAUCUAACCCUAGCAACCGAUGUUAUAGACUAUGAAGAGUUCAUCCUCGAUAUGACAUCUGAUCAGUUAAAGGUGUGGGGCUCAACGCCGUGGGACCCGAUGGGGUGGGAGGUUGGGGAGAACUUUGUCAGAAAAUGGUGGGUCUUUAUGGAUGAAAGUAUAUUGUAUACGACAAACUUUUGGAGGAGGCAGAGGAACGAAAAACCAUUGGAGUUUCCAACGGUGUGAGUCAGGCGGAAAGCGGUCAUAAGGGUUUGCGUAAUUCCUGAAAUAAAUGGAGUUCUCUGCUAGGUACUGAGUCUUUUAUCAAGUAUUUUGAAUAAUGGUAUUAUCAAUCAUACAACGUGAACUUUCUUUGACCAUGAUGAGGUAUAUUAGAUAUCACGCUAAUGGUGGCGCUAGCUGACGGCCUAGCUGACGGCCUAGCUGACGAC